GCUUCUUCCCUAUUUAUUCAACAAAAACACACCACUAAUCUAAACUACUACAAGAUACAAAUUAAAUUAAACACAAGGGGUGGCCAAAUCCAUUGAGAACAUAUAAAAAAGUUAGAUUGAGAUGGAAAUUAUUGUGGGUACAAAAUUUGGUUCAUCAUGUGCCAAAUUAUUAUUGUUAGUGUGUUUGUUGUUUGGUUGUGUUGUUGAAGUUUCAGUAGGAAGAACAUAUAUAGUUGCUGAUAGUCUUGGUUGGCAAACUCCUCCUAAUGGUGUUGUUACUUUUUCCAAUUGGGCUAAUCAACAUACUUUUGUUGUUGGGGACAUUCUAGACUUCAAUUUCAACAGUGGAGUACACACAGCAACUAGAGUAAACAAAAAUGCAUUUGAUAGUUGCAAUGCUGCAAAUCCUAUAGAUAAUGAAACAAAUGGUCCAGCAAAAUUCACUCUUAAUACUACUGGGGAUUAUUAUUUCAUUUGUACUAUCCAUUGCAACCAAGGCCAAAAAUUAACGGUCAACGUCACGUUGACCGGAUCCCCGUCCGGAAGCCCUAUUCCCAGUUCAUCUCCGUCAACACCCGGUGGUGAGUCAUCUCCUCCUCCUCCUACGUCUCCAUCGGGAUCCGUGUCGACUAGGGUGGCUGCUUUAUGUGUCAUGUUAGUGCCCAUUGUGUUAGCACUAACACUUUUGGCUUAGUGUUUGAUAUCGGAAAUUAUUAUUUUUGAGUGUUUGAAGUUAGUAUUAUAAAUAAACAGUUAUGUGUGUGGUUUGAAGUAUUGAAUAUGAUAAUAAGCGGUUGAUGUGUUUGAUGAAAAAAUAUUUGAUAAAUUACUUAAUUAUAUUAUGUUGGAGAAAC